AUGCGCGCGCUCGUUGAUUGCGCAUCAAAGAUAAGCGCGGUGACUGUUGAUUGUGUCAGUCGUUUAGGUCUAAAGGGCAAGCGGUGGACUACUCCGAUCAGUGGGUUAGCGGGGGUGCCAGUUGUGAACGUACAGGGCCGCGUAAAUCUUGCAGUACAACCGCGAUUCUCGAAUGAGCCCCUACUCGAUGUAAACGCGUGGAUUUUGCCAUCCAUUACGGGAGAUUUGCCUAGAGAGACACUUCCGCGCGAGCUCUUAAAUCGUUAUUCGAACCUCGCAUUGGCCGACCCUGCUUUUAACGUUACGUCGUCGAUCGACUUAUUACUAGGCGGUGACGUAUACGCGUCAAUUAUGGACGGGCGGAAGGUGACUGUAGAUAGCUCUCUUCCGGCGGCAUUUAGUUCAGUGUUCGGAUGGAUUUUGAUAGGCCCCCUAUGUCAUAGUGUUACUCAUCCGCACCAAGCGUUACUUGUAUCGUUGACGGUUUCUCUCGAAGGGUUGGUUGAAAGAUUUUGGCAAGUGGAAGAGCCGGAAGCUGCCCCCGUAAUUUUUACUGACGAGGGGCGUUGUGAACAAAUAUUCCGCGAUCAACACGUACGGCUGCCGUCUGGCCGUUUUUCGGUGCCACUUCCUUUCCGCGCACCGGUGUCCGCUGACACAUUUUCUGGUUCCCGUGACCUAGCUGUACGGCGGUUCGAAUCUCUCGAACGAAAACUGGCGAAAAAUCCAAAAUUAAAAUCACUAUAUUUGCAGUUCAUGUCCGAGUACAGGUCCUUAGGUCACAUGUCGGUUGCCGCGUCACCUGGUCGGUAUUUAAUCCCCCAUCACGCAGUAUACCGCCCCGAGGUGAACGAGAGUAAAAUUCGAGUUGUGUUUGACGCGUCCGCGCAUGGUGCCCGUGGGCCGUCGUUGAAUCAGGCAUUGCUGCCGGGCCCUAAACUUCAGCAGGACAUUAUCGACAUAUUAACUCGUUUCCGGGUCCAUAGGUAUGCGUUUACAACGGACAUAUGUAAAAUGUACCGACAGGUGUUAAUUUUACCCGAAUACCGGCAGUAUCAGCAUGUUUUGUGGCGCGCGUCUCCACACGACGAAUUAGUUGAGUAUGAAUUAAAUACCGUUACAUACGGCGUAAACUGCGCACCUUAUCUCGCGUUGCGUGUGUUGCAGGCCAUUGCGCGCGACGAUUGCGCUACCAGUGGGUCGGUACAGAAUGCCUUAACGCGCCAAACUUAUGUUGACGAUAUCUGCGACGGCGCCGACUCGAUUAACGACGCGUUAAACCUCCAAUCGAAUUUAAUUUCAAUUUUAAAAGGGGCGGGUCUUGAUUUAAAAAAGUGGGCUUCUAACACUAAGGUUAUUUUGGACGCCGUCCCGGUCUCGGACCGCGUAAAUAAUCCGACGUCAUUCGAAGACGUUGAAGGGUACGGAACAAAAGUAUUGGGACUAGAAUGGCACCCGGGUGGCGACUAUUUCUGUUGCGCACUUCACCUUGAUACGUAG